AUGCCCUUGGUUCAAAAGUACCUCUACUGCGCCUAUGUGGAAGAUGUGGUGACUUUACUCCAGCGCUACAAGAGCGAGGACACGGUCGUGAUCUGCCAUUCAUACGGUUGCACCAUAGGGACACAUCUCUACUCUCGUCUGGCGACUUCGGAAACCCUGAACAACUCGAUCAAGGCCAUGGUAAUGAUUGGACCCAAGGCUGUGAUUACCGAGCAUGAGAUAAAGGGGCGGGCUCAGUUGGCAAAGACGCCGGAUUGGGUCGUGGAUUUCGCACGUAAGCUGGAUCGAAUGGGCGGGAUCCACUCUAAAUCCGUCAACCGUCUCCUUCAUGCGAGCGCAGGUGACGAUCUGAGGCGGAGACAGCUUCGAUGGAACAAGGCAUCGAGGACAGCGACCAACGACAGGAUACAGUCACCGCUCAUCAUCCCCAAAGCAGGACACCAAACCAUGUUGGAGAAAUGGGAGCACGUUACGCCUAUUAUCAGCUCGUUUUUGAUCAAGGACUGCGGCAUGACUACCAUGGAUCCCGCCUGGCAGAUCACCAAAAAGUGUCAACAGGAGAACAAAUGGAGUCUCAAGAACACGGAAAAGUGGAUGAACACACCCAUCAUGUCGUCACCUCUCGGCAGGGGGCCAGGAAAAUUCAGGGCGAUGAAGGUGCUUCGACAAACUGACCCCGACCACUCUCCUUCGGCAUUUUUGGCAAAACAUCCGGAAGUAGGCUUUAUUAUUGACAUGUCAAAGGAUGAGCCCCCAUAUCGAACCACAGACUUUGAGGCUACGUCGAUCACAUAUACCAAGCUCGCCACAGUCAGCAAGAUCCCACCUCCCAAGGAGGAUGUUGAACGGUUCAUCGCUCACUGCAAUGCCUGCUGGAAAGAAAAGCCAGGUGUCGACAUUGCCGUCCAUUGUCAUUACGGGUUCAACCGGACUGGAUUUAUGCUGUGUUCGUACCUGAUCCAGGAACAAGGCUACUCUGUCGCUGAAGCACUGCACCACUUUGAACUAGCACGACCACCCCGCGGCAUCAGACACGAUCAUUUCAAAGGAGAACUCUACCUUCGCUAUGAACCUCCCAAGCAGCUCAAGGCGUGA